AUGGUAGGCUUCGAGAGGACUCCUUUGUCUGCUCAUCCCCAUCACCCCAUCACCCCCCCUCAUCCCCAUCACCCCCCUCAUCCCCAUCACCCCCCUCACACCCAUCACCCCCAUCACCCCAUCACCCUCAUCACCCCCCUCACACCCAUCACCCUCAUCACCCCCAUCACCCCCAUCACCCCCCUCACACCCAUCACCCCCAUCACCCUCAUCACCCCCCUCAUCCCCAUCACCCCCCUCACCCCCCUCACCCCAUCACCCCUAUCACCCCCAUCACCCCCAUCACCCUCAUCACCCUCAUCACCCCCCUCACACCCAUCAUCCCCAUCACCCCCCUCAUCCCCAUCACCCCCAUCACCCCCUCACACCCAUCACACCCAUCACCCCCAUCACACCCAUCGCCCCAUCACCCCCAUCACCCCCCUCACCCCCCUCAUCCCCCUCAUCCCCAUCACCCCCCUCAUCCCCAUCAACCCCAUCACCCCCAUCAUCCCCCCCAUCACCCUCAUCACCCCCCUCAUCCCCAUCACCCCCAUCACCCCCUCACACCAAUCACCCCCAUCACCCUCAUCACCCCCCUCAUCCCCAUCACCCCCUCACACCCAUCACCCCCAUCACCCCCAUCACCCCCAUCACCCCCCUCAUCCCCCUCAUCCCCAUCACCCCCAUCAUCCCCCCCAUCACCCUCAUCACCCCCUCAUCCCCAUCACCCCCAUCACCCCCUCACACCCAUCACCCCCAUCACCCCAUCACCCUCAUCACCCCCCUCAUCCCCAUCACCCCCUCACACCCAUCACCCCCAUCACCCCCAUCACCCCAUCACCAUCAUCACCCCCCUCACACCCAUCACCCCCAUCACCCCCAUCACCCUCAUCACCCCCCUCACACCCAUCACCCCCAUCACCCCCUCAUCCCCAUCACCCCCCUCACACCCAUCACCCCCAUCACCCCCUCAUCCCCAUCACACCCAUCACCCAUCACCCCCUCACACCCAUCACCCCCAUCACCCCCAUCACCAUCAUCACCCCCCUCACACCCAUCACCCCCAUCACCCCCAUCACCCUCAUCACCCCCCUCACACCCAUCACCCCCAUCACCCCCUCAUCCCCAUCACCCCCCUCACACCCAUCACCCCCAUCACCCCCUCAUCCCCAUCACACCCAUCACCCAUCACCCCCCUCACACCCAUCACCCCCAUCAGCCCCCUCACACCCAUCACCCCCAUCACCCCCUCACACCCAUCACCCAUCACCCCCAUCACCCCCCUCACACCCAUCACCCAUCACCCCCAUCACCCCCUCACACCCAUCACCCCAUCACCCCCAUCACCCCCCUCACACCCAUCAACCCCCUCACACCCAUCACCCCCAUCACCCCCAUCACCCCCUCACCCCCAUCACCCCCAUCACCCCCCUCACACCCAUCACCCCCCUCACACCCAUCACCCCCCUCACACCCAUUACCCCCAUCAUACCCAUCACCCCAAUCACCCCAUCACCCUCUCAUCCCCCUCACACCCAUUACCCCCCCACUCCCAUCACCCCCAUCAACCCCCACACACUCAUCACCCCCUCACCCCCUCACACCCUUCACCCCCUCACCCCCCCCCCACACCCAUCACCUCACCCCAUCACCCCCCUCACCCCCCUCACCCCAUCACCCCCAUCACCCUCUCACCCCCAUCACCCCCCUCAUACCCAUCACCCCAUCACCCUCUCAUCCCCCUCACACCCAUUACCCCCCUUACACCCAUUACCCCCUCACCCCCCUCACCCCAUCACCCCCAUCACCCUCCUCACACCCCUCACCCCAUCACCCCCUCACCCACAUCACUCCCUCACCCCAUCACCCAUCAUCACCCCCUCACCCCCCUCAUACCCAUCACACUCUCACCCCCAUCACCCCCUUCACCCCAUCACACCUCUCACCCCCCUCACAACACAGCACUACCAGACCUGGCCCAUCACAGCACAGCACCACUAG